AGAACUCUGCGAUGGGCUGGCAGGAGUCCAUUGGGCUGGGCAGGCAGGUUCGGCUGGUGAUGCUGGGGAGAAGGAGGAGGAGGCUGCUGAUGGUGAUGGUGCCGGUCCCCCUCUUCGCAGGUCUGUGACAAGCAGGGAACGAGGCAACGACGGCGCAGCCCAGCUCUGGCUGACGGACGCCGGCGACUCAGACAUGGACAGUAGCUGCCACAACGCGACCACCAAAAUGUUAGCGACUGCUCCAGCCCGGGGCAACGUGAUGGGCACAUCCAAACCCUUGGCUUUCUCCAUUGAACGAAUCAUGGCCCGCACCCCUGAGCCCAAGGCCCUGCCUGUCCCCCACUUCCUGCAGGGAGCCUUGCCCAAGGGGGACCCCAAGCACUCUCUGCAUCUCAACUCGUCGAUCCCCUGCAUGAUCCCCUUCGUGCCUGUGGCGUACGACACCAGCCCCAAGGCAGGAGUGACUGGCUCUGAGCCGCGGAAGGCGAGUCUGGAGGCCCCGGCGGCACCCGCGGCGGUGCCCUCCGCGCCAGCGUUCAGCUGCGGCGACCUGCUCAACUGCGCGCUGAGUCUGAAAGGCGACCUGGCCCGCGACGCGCUGCCGCUGCAGCAGUACAAGCUGGUAAGGCCGCGUGUGGUCAACCACUCUUCCUUCCACGCCAUGGGCGCCCUGUGCUACCUGAACCGAGGUGACGGCCCGUGCCACCCGGCGGCCGGCGUGAACAUCCACCCGGUGGCCUCCUACUUCCUCAGUUCCCCUUUGCACCCGCAGCCAAAAACGUAUUUAGCCGAAAGAAAUAAACUGGUGGUCCCAGCCGUGGAGAAGUACCCUUCGGGAGUAGCUUUCAAAGACCUGUCCGAGGCUCAGCUGCAGCAUUACAUGAAAGAAAGCGCCCAGCUUCUGUCGGAAAAAAUCGGGUUCAAAACCUCGGACUUCAGCCGAGGCUCUCCUAAUGCCAAGCCCAAAGUUUUCACUUGUGAAGUGUGCGGAAAGGUCUUUAACGCGCACUAUAACUUAACCCGUCACAUGCCGGUGCACACGGGAGCCAGACCCUUCGUUUGCAAAGUGUGUGGAAAGGGUUUCCGGCAAGCCAGCACCCUGUGCAGGCACAAGAUCAUUCACACACAGGAAAAACCUCACAAAUGUAACCAGUGUGGCAAAGCAUUUAAUAGAAGUUCCACUUUAAACACUCAUACCCGAAUACACGCAGGCUACAAACCAUUUGUGUGUGAAUUCUGUGGCAAAGGAUUUCAUCAAAAAGGGAAUUACAAAAACCACAAGUUGACCCACAGCGGGGAGAAGCAGUUCAAGUGCAAUAUCUGCAACAAGGCUUUCCAUCAGGUUUACAACCUAACCUUCCACAUGCACACCCACAACGACAAGAAGCCUUUCACCUGCCCCACGUGCGGCAAGGGCUUCUGCAGGAACUUUGACCUCAAGAAGCACGUCCGCAAGCUGCACGACAGCAGCCUGGGUCUGGCCCGCACGCCCGCUGGGGAACCCGGCACCGAGCCGCCGCCCCCGCUGCAGCAGCCACCGCCCGCGACGCUGCCGCCUUUACAGCCGCCGCUGCCACCCCCGGGGCCCUUGCAGCCCGGGCUCCACCAGGGCCACCAGUGAUCAAGGCCAAGUUUCUUCCCAGCCCCAGCCGAGGCCCCAACUGCUGAGGCAACGACAAACUAGAGCUCCCACGCCAAGCUCGUCUGCAGAACGCAGGGCAUGUUGGGCCCCACGCUUUAGGGCCGAUCAGAAGCCUCUGCAUUUCCCGGCCUUUUACCUCUUGCAUGCACCUGCUAAAUGGUUUUGUGUAUUAUAUUCUAUAUAGGCACUCACAAUUAUGAGAAAUUUGGAGGGUUUUGUUUUCUGGUUUUCUUUUUUUAAUUUGGGAAGACUUUUCAUCUCAGAUGGAGAGAUGAUAUUUGUUUUGUUGUUUUUUUAAACAAAAUUUCUGCUAUAUUUAUUGAGAUCUGUAUUAUUCUACCCGGGAAUGCUGCACCAUCUUAAUUUUAUUAUUGUAUAUAUUUACCUUGUGUUAAUUCUGCGGUCUCAAGAUGCCUGCUGAUUGUUUAUUAUCAUUUCUUCUCCUCUGAAAUAACAAAACACUGUGCGUAUGUUACAUGUACACGCAUAGAUGUGUGCGCCUCUAAAGGCACAUUCCACAUUCGUGAGCACACACACAUACACAUUAGAUAAGGGUGGUUCAUUAUGGUUUGACUUGGAAUUUUGGUUUUGAUUCUUGCACGUGAAAAUUGAUUCAUUGACUGUUGGAAAUAAAUACUUGGAACAUGCUUAUUUAAUC